CUUUAAUUUAUUGAAUAUUAUUUUUGGUCUGAUGACUUUAAUAGAUCUCUGGAACUUUAAUGAUUACAAAUGGCGACCGCGACAAAGCGAUUGAACAAGGAACUUAGACAUUUUUCUAGUAUUCCUAGUUCAUGUUGUUCCGCGGGUCCUAUAAAUGAUGACAUGUUCAAUUGGGAGGGCAGUAUACAGGGACCAGACGAUACUCCUUAUGCUGGAGGAUUAUUUUUCUUGCGGCUGACGAUUCCCAGUGAUUAUCCUUUCUUUCCACCAAAGGUAAAAUUUACAACAAAAAUUUACCAUCCAAACAUAAAUGGAAGUUCAGGAGAAAUAAGUUUAGGUGUACUGAAGGAAAAAUGGGCACCAUCUUUAGACAUACGUAAAGUGUUACUUAAUAUAAUAUUGUUAUUAAGUUGUCCAGAUCCUGAUGAUCCACUUGAAGCAGAUGCUGCCACACUAUAUGAAACAGAUAGAAAACAAUACGAUAAAACAGCGACGGAAUGGACAAGCAAAUACGCCAUGAAUCAUGGUUAACUGGGGUGUUACAUGUAACGAUUUUAUCUAGUUGUGUACUAUGAUACUUUGUCAUAUCUAACUUUUCAUUCCAGCAUGUUUUAAAUUAAAACAUGUUUUUUUCGCGUGACUGAAAUUUAUAUUACUUUGCAAUAAUUUGAUUUGUUUGUCAAAAUAGUUAUACUUAUUUUGUAGAUUGUAAUGAAAUAACUCUUGUCAGCACGAUACUUGUAAUAUAUCAACAUUGGUUUUUGUUCUUGUUUGUGGUCUGUGGAUGGACUUGAAUAAAUUAUAUAUUUUCU